AUUUUUCCCUCUUGCGUUGCCAACCUACUACGUCACGCAGAGACAAAACAACCUGUAACAUGUUGGUGACCCACUGGUGGUAGUGCAACAGUUUUACACCUUUUCACCUCAUUAAUCGAUCUUCAGUAGCAUCCUUUUGAGACCAGAUGAUCGUCUGAACUACCACAUUUUAGGUGCAGAGUGAAGCCUGAGUAAUACCAUGAAGAUGCCACUCCCACAGGACAUUAGCUCCCUGAGUAGUGAGAUAGACAAAUGCACUCAGCAGGGGAAUGAAGAGCUGAACAGGGGUGAACAGGACAAGGCCUUGCAGGCGUUCGCUGCCGCCUACGAAAAAUCGGUUCUCCUGGAAGAGAAGUACACAGAGCGGGCAUGUGCUUUCAACCUGGGUGCAGUGUACAUCGCCAUGGGCCAGCCUCAGAGGGGGCUCGAACUCCUACAACGCGCCCUGCCGCAAGACGACAACGAAAAGGAACAACAGUCAAACUCUGACCUGUACUACAACCUGGGCCUCGGGUACGACCAGAUGCGGAGGUACGACGAAGCGAUCCGGUACUACGAGCAGGCGAUAGAGGCGUACGGUAAAGACGGCGGGAACCCUCUCAUGGAGGGGGAGGCCCUGACCAAACUCGCCUUCACGUACACGAACUUGAACAAGCCGUCGCAGGCCGCGAAGUGCCACGGGCAGGCCGCGGCGCUGUACGAGAGAGCGGAGGACGUGGAGAGGCAGGCCCUGGCGCUGAACUUCCAGGCCACGUGCCUGCUGGAGUCCAGGAGGGUGCCGGAGUGCGAAGAGGCACUGGAUAGAUGUCGGGAAGUCUGUGGGAACAUGGAGGAGGGGGAAGUGUUGGGUAAACUGUAUAAUGACCUGGGGAUGACCUACACGUCAGCCAAGGCCUUCGGCAAGGCUGUGGAGUGUUUUGAGCUGGCCCUGCCCCUGACCAGAGGACCUAAUGGAGACAGGAAGCGCGAGGCCGUGCUCCUACAGAACCUGGGGGCCGUGUACAACUCCUGUGGGGAGUACCAGAGGGCCAUACACUUCCACGAGUCAGCAGCUAAACUACACAAUGACCUAGGGAACAGACAGGCCCAGGGCCACUGUUUCUGUAACCUGGCCUACGCCUUCAGCCAGGUUAACGACAACGAUGCCGCAGGGGAGGCCUUUCUACAUGCACUACAGGCGGCCAAGGACACAGGGGACAAGCAUGGUCAGUGGCAGGCCCACGAGGGGCUGGGAGCAGUCCACUUCAGGCUGGGCAACCCUGAGAAAGCAAUAAUCAGCUACAAACAGGCUCUAGCUCUCCUGACGCGACUGAAGGACCCAAACAGCCAGGCGCAGGAGAGGAUCGUGGGUAAACUAACAGACGCCCUGAAGUAUCAGCUCAAGGUUGGCGACAGCCCAAGGCAUCCUGGGAAGGAGAGGAAAAUCACUUCCAGCUUGGAAAAGAGGCCAGUGUCAUCCCAGAGUAAGAACGGUUCCGUAGCCCAUCACGUGGACGAGUCCAUCACAUCAGAGUCCCCCAGGUCUGACACUGGCAGGGACAAGAAAUAUGCCAAGACAGACUCUGGGAAAAGGAAACCUAAGAGAUACGUAAAGAGGGAACGCAGUUUCUCCAACUCCACCGAGGGCUCCCAUGUCCACCUGCAGACGGUCCCUCUCGGCAUCGGCAAAUACGACUCCGACGAAGACCUCUCCUUCUACGACAAGAACAAGAAGAAGUCGAGAAACAAUGGCCACCACCCGUCGUCUGCCUCCACGGUGGCCACCGUCGAGCACGAGCCUGCCAAGGCCAGCCCCCACAGACCCAGCACCGCCUACGACGAACCAGACUUGUCCUACGAGGGAGGCAAGCAUCCUAUAGGCAAGAACUCCAGCUACAGGGAGGAGGGCGACUAUGAUGACGUCAUUCCCACCAGGAGAGGGAAGACUGGGGAAGGUGUCAAGGGAAGUGCACAAGACAGGCGUCACCCGGACGUGCCGUCACUCGAAGUCAACGGUCAGAACUCGCAGCAGUCUUCCUCCGAGACUUCCGCCCUGUCUUCCUCGAGCAGCGGGUCGUCUGAAAGUGAGAGUGAUAGUGAAACUGAGGGGAAGGAGGCGGUGAAGGAGGAGUAUAGGAAGGCGCUCAACGGCACGCAGACAACAACCCCGAACACAACAGCCAAGCCCAGCAUGCCCCCCACCCUGCCCCCACCGCUUGUAGACAGCCCCAUGUCCACCUUAGACACCUCCCUCAAUAACACUUACAUGACCCCCGCUGACGUCGGCAGGGCGACGCCCGGAGACGACCUCCCCGUGUACGCCAUGUCGUCCAAACACAAGGACGCCCAGCGUCCCGCCGAGCCUGCGAAGAAGGGACCAAAAGCAGAGGAAGAGACUUCUGGCACAGACACCUCUGCUGACAGCAGCAGUUCUGAAGGCAGUGAGUCGGAAACGGAAAGCGACCCCGACGAACACCUGUAUGAGACCGUGCGCACACAGGGAGGGAACACCAUGCAGUUCCAGGGCAAGCCUCAGGCACACAGCACCCCCGCUAAGGAGACACAACCACCUCCACAACCUUCUCCACCCGCCAGGACUGUGUCCAGGGCUGACAGGGAGGAGGCCCUGUUCCAACUGGCCAAGCAGCAGAGUAGAGAGGCUCAGGAGCAACACGAGAGAGACAUGGCCACGUCGCGCAGUCAGGAACGAAACGAGUCCAGGACGUGUGUCGUCAUGUAGGCAGAUUUACUGUUAGUCUACUGCAUUACUUGUCGUCCUCAAUUCACCAUUGAUUAAUUAAUAAGCAUUCACAUUCCUCAAUGAAAACACAAGACAUCCACAAAUAUGAGUCCAAGAUAUGUGUCGUCAUGUAGGCAGAUUUACUGUUAAGUUGCCUUUAGUCUACCUUUUGAAAGGUAAAAGCACUACUAGUACUUGACCUCAGUUUACCAUUUGUUGAGCAUUGCCAUUCCUAUACACAGGUGACAUCCACACAUGUCAUGUAGUCAGGAUCAUUGAGCGUUGCCGUUAAUCUACCUUCAAACGUUGCUGGUCGUCCUAAAUUUACCGUUCAACAUUGCCGUUCCUAAAAAGAUAAAAGUGACAUCCAGAAACGAGUAUACAUGUGUUGCCAUGUAGAAUUAGGAUGGAAACUAAUGACAAGAAAUCAGGAUUCUAUAUUAGACAGAAGUCAAAACAGUAGAAUUGAAUGCAGUUUUACUAAGCUUUUAACUGGAGAGAGAGAGAGAUAG